GGUAGUGUUUAAACGCGAAUUCAGUGUGUACCGUUGCUUAGUUACAGAGUCGAGACAGAUAACAGGCGAACUAACUCACCAAACUCAACGAGGAGUAAAUUAUCUACUUUUUUUUUUAUCACUGCAAAUAAAUAUCACUCCACAUGCCUCCGAAAGGCAAAAGAGGAUCUAAGAAGGGAAAUGACGGGGGAAAGAACGCAGAAAGAGAAGCGCAGUUAGAAAGAGAGAAUAAGGCUCUGACUGAAAAAGUCAACAAUAUCAAGGAAAAAGUCUACCAACUACGAAGAUAUAAAGAGAGUCUUCAGGAUGAAAUCGCCAAGAUAAACAGGGAGACUGAAGAUUACGUGGCAUACAUGGCAGAAAAGACACAGAAGCAUGAGAAUGCAAUGGCUGCUCUGAAUGAGCAGACGCAAAAGAAGCUAGAAGAGCUCAGUCAACAAAGAGAGGAGAUGAUAGAGAAACAUGAGAAGCUGGUCAAUGCCCGGAAGAAAGAGCUUUUGGAUCUGGAGAAUGCUGUGGCCCAGAAGGGUUUUGAUUUAGCCACACUUGAGGAUCUUAAGAGGCUGCAGCGACAGCAGCAGGAUCGUAUAGCUGAGCUGGAGCAGGAGGUAGUGGCUACACGUUGUCAUUACUUUGAGACUCUAAAUGCUCUAAAAGCAAACAGCAUCAGAGAGAUACAGCAGCACAAGGCUGAGUCUAAACUCAGGGUGCAGGAACACGUCAUGAAAAUUAACAAGGAAGUUCCACUCUGGAUGCAUUCUUACAUACAACAGGUGACUGAGGAGAACACUCAUCUGCAAAAGAAACUGCAGCAGCUGAUGAAGAAAGCUGAAGUUCUGCGUCGCCACCUGCAGUUCCUGCAGGCGCAGAACAAAGAACUGCUGCUGCAGAAAGAACUUCAGGAAAUGCAAUGUCAGCGUGCCUCCACAGCACAAGAGAGUGUCAGCACCACAACCAAGAAAAGGCAGAAGGAGCAGCACAGAGAGAAAAGAUCAUUAGAGUGUCCUGGAGCGGUGGAACUUGAGGAGACAGCAAAGGCAGAGUCGCACAAGACAGCACAGGAGCCCGAUGAGGACUCAUCUGAGUUGUUAGAGACGACCCCCGCUCCACAAAUUCAGGAGUAGCACUCAGUUGCAAAGGGCUACCAGGGAGGAGGAGGCACCGUGCAUCCGAUGUGGAACUGCUCUUCCAAAGGAUCCAGCAGAUGCGGAACACCUGGAUGGAGCAGAUCCAGCAAACCCAGGAGAUGGUUCCAAUUUGUUUUCUUUUGAUAACAAUAGAAAGUUAUUUUCAUAUGUCCAAGCUUUUAUUGAGGAAUCUGAACAAUUCCACACACAGGAAUAGUUGGGCCAACUUGCUUACAUUUUUUUUUCCUGUUUGUUUGUUUGUUUGUUUGUAUAUCAAUGUAUUCAGACUAAGCCCCCUUAGAUGAGCCUUAAUGCUCUUGGAGCAAACUCUGACCCCAAAUAUCUUUAAAAUAAAAAAAAAUGGAAGAAAGCCUGGUGAACAGCAUUCUGCAAAGCAAUGCACUGAUGGACAGCAUGCACAGCUUGUGGCCCUCUAUGCCACCGAACCCAUCACAGGUGCCACACCUGGGCAUGUACACAGGGUAUGAGUACCCAGCACCAAAUGAGCAUCAUCCAGUGUACCACCACAUGUAGGGACUGUUCAGGCAGCAUACCAUUUCACAGGGGCCUGGCUACACAGGAAGAAACUGCACCUCUAUGAAAAGACACUCAUUUCUUUUGUUGUAUUCUUUUUAGAAACAUUUUAUAAUGUGCCAGCAUGGCAGAGUUUUUUGUUGUUGUUGUUGUUGUUGUUGUUCUGCAAGUUUUCUAA